UCUGUGGUUCUAGUGCUGAGGGUAGUAAUCGCUAAGGGCUCAUUGCUAAGGACUCCAUGUAACACUGGUGGGGAAAUAGAUCAUGAUUUUCACUACAACAUUCACUCCCUGAUUCUCUUCACAGAGUUCUGCCAAUGAAUCAUGGAGUCACCAUCCGAGGGGAAAAGAGCCAUUGCCUUAAAACCAUCAGACACCGUACUGACUGCAUUUCCCUACAGACCUCAUAGCACCCUGCUGGAUCUCCUGAGGGGAGAGCCGAAAGUCUUGGGGGCUGUCCAGAUCCUGCUUGCUCUGAUCAUCUUGGGCAUUGGAAUUAUAUUUUUACUUAGUUACCUCAGUUUCUCCUCCAAAUUCCCUAUCGUUUUCCUCACAGGAUACCCAUUCUGGGGAGCACUUAUUUUUUUUCUUGCAGGAUGCUUCACAGUAAUCGAUACAUCAAAAAGAAUUCUGGGACUAAGUGUCACAACCAUAAAUAUUAUCAGUUCCUUGGUUGCAGUGGCUGGGAUUACUCUCACCAUUAUCAGCUAUAUAAAUCAACACAGAUUCUGCCAAGACCUUUCCUUUGAAGGUUUAUGUGCUAUAGGUAGAACACUUCUCAUAGGGAUGUUGUCGGUUUUACUGAUCAUCAGCAUAGUGGAGUUCAGUGUCUCUGUGACUAUCACGUGCUUUAGAAGCAAGUGCUGGACAAGAUCAAAUGAGGUUGUAUUUUUCUUGCCUGAAGAUGUUAUGCAAAAUAGUGAACAACCUGCUCCAGAGGAAAAUGUUCAACUAAAAUUUGAGCUUCAAGAAGCAUCUACAAGUACUGAUGCAACAAAAACAGAGAUUUUUUUCUUUGGAAGCUAUGCUUUCUAUAAGUUGAAAGUCUCAAGAAUUCCUUCUGGUUCCCAACCAUGUAAUACUGGUAGGGAUAAUUAUGAAAGCACUUCUGCUUCUGUGCCGCAUGGACAACACCAGAAUAUCCCUAUAUCUUUUAAAUAUUUGGAGGAAGACAUUGCACAAAAACAAUUGCCUCCCAUAUCAGAGCAAAGGAUCUCAGAUUAUGCUACAUACACUAAGCCAGAUUCUAAAACUGGAAAAUUCAAAAAAGUAGUUAAAGAAUAUACUAUGGCAAAAUCCCCCCAAAUGCAAACUCAGCCGCUGCAGGAUAAAGACUUCUUAUUCCAAGAUUUUCUAGUUGAUUCUGUACAAGACCUCCAAGCUUUACCACCUGAUGAUUUGCCAUCCCAAGCUUUGCUACUGCAAGGCCAACAAGCACAAGCCAUGUCCUAUAAAUCUCCAUCAUCCCAUAUUAUACAGUCUUAUGACUUGACAUCUGAUGACUUACCCUCCCAAGACAUACCAUCCCAAGAUACAAUAGCCCAAUAUGUGCAACCUGUAUAUAUGUCAUCCCAAGACACACCAUUAGAAAGCAUGUUAUACCAGGAUAUAAUGUCCCAAGAAACGCAACCUGCAUAUACGCUAUCCCAAGAUACACAAUCCCAAAGUACAAAAUCCCAAAGCAUACCAUCCCAUGACAGACCAUCCCAAAAUACAGCAUCUGAAAACAUGACAUCUCAAGACACAUCUCAAAACAAAUCCCAAGAUACAUCAUCACAAUACACGCCUUCCCAAGAUAUACCAUCUCAAGCUCUACCAGCACAAGUUGCACUGUAUGAAGCACUAACACCCUAUACUGUGCAGAUUCCUAACACACAACACCUACCUGAGCAAUCCCCAGAUCUUCAACCACAGGACAUUCAAGCUGAAAACCUUCAGCUUUCACAAAUAUCAUAUCAGGACAUUCGAUCAGAAGUCCUGGAACUAACUCAAGAAUGGAACUAUGAAGGAGUACUCCAUGGCAAGAAAUCCCCAAGACGGCAUUCCUCAGACUGGCAAACCAAAGGUGGGCAGUCUCCAAGGAGGCUUUCCUUAGAACUGCAGCCCAAAGACUCACAAACUGCAAAACAAAAAUCCAAAGACCAUCAAAUCAAAGGUUGGCUAUCCCCAAAGAGGCAUUCUAUAGAUAAGAAAACCCAGUACACUCAAACCUCAGAGCAACUCUCAGAUCAGCAAGCUGAGGAUCAGCAGGCCAAAGUAGGACAAUUCUCAAAAGAACAAUCCAGAGACAUACAAAUUGAAGAUCAACUGGCCACUAAGGAGCAAUCCCCGAAUGAAAAAACUCAAUAUCAACAAACUGAAGACCAGCAGGUUCGAGAGGAAAAAUCCCCACGGGAACCACCCACCAACUGGCAAGCUGAUGGAGAGAAAACUCUGGCAGAGAAAGCUUCGAGGCAGCCAUGUCAAUACUGGGCAUCCCACAUUCAGCAACACCAAGACUCACAAUCUCCAGAAGAGGAGACACCAGACUGGACAACUGAAAACUGGCAAUCUUCUGGCAAGCAAUAUCAAGACUGGAGAAAUCAAGACUGGCAAACCAGAGACUGGAAAUCGCAAGAAUGGCAGUUUGAAAUGCAGCAUUCCUUAAACUGGGAAACCCAGGCUGGGCAAAUCCAAGAUCGAUUAGAGGAAGAAGCCCUGAAGCAGAAAACUCUACACCCAGAAGUCCAAACUCAGCACACCACAGCAAGAUACAGGUUUGGUCAGAAAUUGCAAGAUAUGCUAUGUCAAAACAGUCAGAAUCAAGAUAAGAACAAACAAAACUUUCUAUUCAGAUUUAUACUCCAAGAAGAUACACAAACAAGCAGCAUGCAAGCAAGAGAUAUCAAACAAGGGGAGAGGAAAUAUAGAAGUCAAAAACCAGUGGAUCAGCAAUCAGAGGACAUGAAGCCAGACUGUCAUCCUUCUUCUUCUCAAAGCUUAGCACAAGACACACAUAUACCUUGUUUUUCCAAUAUAGGUUCAGAACAAGAUGUGCAACAGAAUGCUUCAGUUUGCUCAGAUUCAUAUAAAGAAGAUCUGAAUUUCCUUUCCUCCUCUUGUCAUUCAAAAGAUCAACAGCAAUCUGAAGAGUCUGACUAACGUGCAGAGUCCACUAAAUGUCACAAAGCCAUCAAUAAUGGAACCAAAUGAGAGAAAAUCAAAAUAGUCCCCUUUAAUGUAUGUUCUCUGCUGUGGUUGUUACCCAAUUCACUUCGCCAGAAAAUUAAGGGCAUGCGGAACACUCAAAGAGUUUGUCCUUAAUUAAAAUAAAACGGCAACAAAACAAAUGUUGA